AUGGCUUCCAAUUGUCUUCGCACUGCGUACCUGAGUGUCAUCGAUCGGAAAGCCAUAGUUCGCCAGUUCAACCCCGUACGCAAUGCUUCCAACCUUGUCACGCCGAUGCAAGUAGGCAACGGCAACUUCGCCUUCGGUACCGAUGUCACCGGCUUGCAAACCUUCAUCCCGUACGCGAUCAUGUCCUCUUGGGGAUGGAAGAACGACUCGCUUCCUCCUGGUCAAAUCCCUUCGGAAUACCACGGGGUGAACUGGACGACACACGGGAGAGAAGUGGCAUACGAUAUGCCAGACCCGAACUUGCCCGCCCUCAGCCAAUGGAUGAUCGCCAAUCCCAAUCGGAUGAACUUAGGUGCGGUCGGGCUGCUCUGGAAGGGCGCGGGAGUGACCGAAGACGACCUGGAUGGGAAGAGGCAGGAGAUCGAUCUGUGGUCAGGUGCUAUGAAGAGCACGAUGACUUAUCACGAGGCUGAGAUUGAAGUGCAGACCAGUGUACAUCCGUCGGACGACACGGUCGGCAUCAUCAUCACUUCGGAUCUGAUCGGACAAGGAGAACAUGGUAUCUUCCUUGAUUUUCCGUACCAUAAUGGACUCAGCAAGUUUGAAGCACCGCUAGUGGGUAUAUGGAAUGCUACAUCCAACCACACGACCUCUCUCUCUCAGGGCAAGAACAUUGCUACCAUCAACCACACGCUUGAUGGCGCAAGCUACUUCACCACUCUCACAUGGCCUGGCAAGACAAAUGUCUCUGUUUCCCGUGACUCGCCCGAAGCUCAUCGAUAUUCUGUCUGGCCAUCAACCAAAGGAAACAAGAUCGAAUUUAGUGUCACAUUCACCCCACAGCCAGUUCGCCAAGCACUCGACGCGAAGACAGUCAUGGCGGAGAGCUCACGAUGGUGGCACCAGUUUUGGAGUAUGAAUGGUUUCGUUGAUGUCAUUACUGGGAGCAGCGACCCGAGGGCUUGGGAGAUGCAGAGAAGGAUCAUCGUGAGCCAGUAUAAUCUCAUGGUUAACGAAGCUGGAAAGAAUCCACCACAAGAGUCUGGCUUGACAAACAAUGGCUGGUACGGUAAGUUCCAUAUGGAGAUGUUCUUCUGGCACAUGUCGCAUUGGGCGCUUUGGGGCAAAUGGGACAUCCUCAACCGCGCACUCCCAACUUACGCUCGUCACCCCAUCUUCUUUGCCGAGCUGGAUUAUCGUGCACAUCUGACAAACGAAACCCUCCAGAAGUGGAAUGCGAAUGUAACUAGCACGGCAGAUUUCAUGGCCGACUAUUCGUGGUGGAAUACCAGCACAGGCGUGUACGAUCUUGGUCCGCCGCUCUAUCCGGUAUCGGAGAACACCCCGCUGAAUUCGACCAUGAACACCGCUUUCGAGCUGGUAUACUGGCACUGGGGUUUCGAGGCGGCGCGCACAUGGCUGAUGCGUCAGGGCCAGACGCCGCCAGACUCCUGGGGACAUGUCGCCGACAAUCUUGCUCCACUUCCCCAAUACAAUGGAACUUAUGUCAUCUAUGAGGGCAUUGGCGACAUGUGGUCUGUCCAAGAGUACAAGAUGGAUCACCCAGAGCUGGUCGUGGACAUGACGAUCAUGCAGCAGACGACCGACACAGUCUGGGCAGAAUGGAAUAUCACGGAUUGCUGGGGUUGGGACUUCCCGAUGCUCGCUAUGAAUGCUGCUCGACUUGGUAACCCAAGCAAAGCGGUUGACUGGCUGUUGGAUGAGCUCUUAACAUUCGAUGAUGCUGGGAUGCCAACCGGUGGUGUGAAGGUCCCUACGCCGUAUUGGCCAGGUGCAGGCGGCUUCCUGUAUGCGAUAGCAUUCAUGGCCGCCGGAUGGGAUGGCGCGCCGAACGUCUCCGCCCGAGGAUUCCCUCAGGAUGGGUCUUGGGUCGUGAAUUGGGAAGGACUUAGUCCAGCGAUCUAG